AUGUCGUCGAAUGCUUCUACAUCAGGCAUCGAAAGUGAUACAGAUUGUUCAUUGAGUCCUAAUGAAUACAAAGAUAAUCAAUUACUGGUUAAUACAAAUAAUGAAUCAAUGGAUACAUUAAUUGAUGAUGAUGAAGGAUUUAUUAAUUCGAAUUUUGAAGAAAAGAAAUUAAAUCUGAUGUCUGAUACAAUGAAGCAAUGCAAACGAAAUCUUAAUAAUGAACAGUUAAUACCGAUUACAUCGAAAUUAAUUCAUAAAAAAUCAAAUUAUCCUUCAAAAACAAAACAAAAUCCAUAUGAUGAUGAUGAAUCUUCAUCUUCCGUAAUUGAAGAUUGGGAUGAAGAAUGUAAAAUUAUUGAACCGUAUUAUUUUCCUAGUUACAUACGUCGAGCUCAAUGGCCGAAUCAUUGGCGCUGGACGCCCCCACUCGGUAUUCGUCGUACAUGUACACAACAAUUACAUCGUAAUCUUGGUUUUGAACCAUCUGGUAUCUAUGAUGAUAAUGAUAAUUUCUCAUCAUAUAUCAAUCGUCGCCACUAUAAAAUUGAUUUUCUCUAG